ACCUCCUGUUCUCUCCGUUCCUCACAUCACCUCUGCAAUUUGCCUAAUAUCUUCCUCAUCCUACAUCCUCGUUUCGAAAUUCAAGCAUGGAGUUCCCAACACUUGAAUCCUACCUUAGUCUUCCUUCGAAUUCAACAUCCCAACCGAAUCCACCAAUCGUAUCUCUCGAUGAAGACAGCCAUGAAUUUGUAACAGCCCCACCCUCAAUAUCUCCUCCUAUUGUCAUCGGCACUCGUAAUUCUCGACUUGCGCUAGUCCAAGCUGAGCUGGUUCGAAAGCUUUUCGAAAUUUCUCACCCUAACCACCCCACCACUAUUCAAUCGAUGUCUACUGCUGGAGAUCAAAACCAGGGUCGACCACUUUAUCUUAUGGGAGGAAAAUCGCUAUGGACUAAAGAACUAGAGGUGGCUUUACUUGAAGGCUCAGUCGAUCUGAUCGUUCAUUGUCUCAAGGAUAUGCCUACAUCACUUCCACCUGGCUGUGAACUUGGUGCCAUACUUGAGCGUGAGGACCCUCGAGAUGCGCUAGUGAUCAGGCGUGAUUUACCAUUUCGAUCGCUGAGCGAGUUACCCGCUGGAUCGGUUAUCGGCACUAGUUCAGUUCGCCGAGUGGCCCAACUUCGCAGACGAUUCCCUCAGCUAAAAUUCCAAGAUAUUCGUGGUAACCUCAAUACUAGGUUUAGGAAGCUUGAUGCACCCGACUCUCCUUACACUGGAAUCGUCCUGGCUGUUGCCGGCUUGAAUCGACUUGAGUGCGCCGAUCGGAUAUCAUCUUACCUUUCCCCUCCUGAACUAUACUACGCCGUGGGUCAAGGAGCAAUUGGGAUCGAGAUUCGUAGUCGAGCCGAGGAAGGAGAAGUCACACCUCGCGCAUCCCAACGAACAGAAACAGUACGGCAACUUGUCAAAUCUCUUGAACACUGGCCUACUGCUUUGGUUUGCCAUGCCGAACGCUCUCUUUUGCGAACACUUGAAGGAGGCUGUAGUGUACCAGUAGGAGUCACAAGUACAUUGCUACCCUUACCAAUGCCAUGUCAAUGGGCACCUCAAGCUAGAUUGACAUUAACUGGAGUAGUCACAAGUGUGGAUGGGACAAAGGAAGUGAUGGUGACCAAGACGGCAGAUAUAUAUGGACCGAAAGAUUCGAUUAAAUUAGGGUGUGAACUUGCUGCUGAAUUACUUGAGGCUGGUGCGGAUGAGAUUCUAGAGGAAUUGAAUGUGGUAAAGGAGGCUGCAGGUGAUGGUACCGAGGAGACAGAAAUUAGUAGGAUCGGGGCAGUUGAAGCUAAGACUCACAUUCAAAUUGCUGCACCUGCUGAUUCGGAAAGAACAAUGAUUGGUGCAAAUGAAACUCAUAGUACCAUAUCUAUCAAGGCUUAAAGAAUUAGUCAUUACAGGUCUUUAGUAUAUCAGGGAGGUCAAAAACUAAAUUGAAUAGUUAGAAAUUUGUUUUGUUUAAUAACAAGAAUAAGCAUCGCAUCCACUUAUCCAUAUUGUUAUUUUUUCCCUCUUACAUUUAUGUCGUAUGUACAUGAAAGUUGUCAAUCGUUUUCGUUUUAUUAAUAAUUCCCAAAUGAGAGAAAUUCACUUUGGGAUUGAAGGUUUUUGUGUU